AUGGAAACUAUAUUAUAUGAUACACAAACAUUUUGCCCAAUUUGUACAAUUAUAAAUAGAAAAGGGUUGAUAUUAAAACCAGCGAUAGUAGUAUCAAGAGAUGAUGAUAAAGUUUAUUUAAAAUGUUGUUGUGAACAAAAUCAUAGUAAACAAUUUGAAACACUUUAUUGUUCAUCAUUAAAAUUUUUUAAAAGAAUUUUAUCAUUUGAUCCUGUAAUUGGUAAUAGGUUUAAUAAUAGUUCCAUUAAAGAUAUAGAAAGUAUGGGUAAAUAUAAUGAUGGUAAUAAUCAAAUUAAAGUUUCAAAGAAUCCAACCAUCUCAAAUUUUGUUUUAGAAUUUUCAAUAUUUCAAAAUUCAACAUUUCUAUCAGAUGAUGAAAUUAAAUUUAAUAUUCAACAAUUUCAAACUUUUUAUCCAAAAAAUAAAAAGUUUGUUUUAAAAGUUAUAGCAAGAGGUAGUAAUAAUAUAAAUGGUAUAAAUGAUAAAGUUAAAUAUAUAUCAAGUUUAUUAAAAGGUUAUCCAAUAUUGUUAGAGGUUACAUUAGAGAGAUUAAAUGAAAUUGGUAAAUUAAGUAAUUCUUGUUUAUUAGGUACAAAAGUUUAUCCAGCUGUAAAAUAUUAUUUAAAACAAGGUGAUGAAUUAAUAUUCAUUAAAGAAAUUAAUCAAUUGUUAAAUGUAUUAAGAGAAUAUUCAGAUAUGCAAUGUGUUGUAACCGUUGCAUUGGAAAGAAAAUUUGCAAAUUUAACAGAUGUUUUAAAAUUAUUAAGAAAAAGUAAUGAUGUAAUUAGAUUUAUAAUUUUAUCAUUAGAAAGACCACCAAAACAAUUAGUUGAAACUUUAACAAUUUUUAAUAAUAAUAUUAAUAAUAAUAAUAAUAAUAAUAAUAAUGAAGAAAAUGAAAAUUUAAUUUGUAAUAUAAAUGACCCAUUUGAAUUAAUUAAAGAAAUUGAAAAAUCAACAGAUGGUAGUAUUAAUGGUGAUGAUUUUUAUCCAUUAAAUGUUGGUCAAGCAUUAGAACCAAUGUUAAAUAUGAUGGGAUAUGGAUUAUAUAGUAUUAAGCCAUCAUCAUAUUGUUCAUUUGCAACAUGUUUAGUUAAUACACAAUCAAUUGAAUCUAGACCAAUUAAUAGAUUAUUAAAUAUUGGUAAACUUUAUUAUGAUCUAUUACCAUUGUUACCAGAGUUAGAAGAGAAAAUCGGGUUUUUCAAUGGUUUAAAAUUAAAAUCAAUAUUAAAAUCUUGUAAUAUUCCUGGUGUUCAAUUACCAAAUCUAUUCGAUUACCUCACUGAUCGUUCAAAAUCUGAAAUCACUCGUAAAAUCAUUGAUCAAACUCAAAUUUUAAUAAUACAUAAUAAUAUGGAUUUAGCUUCUUUAGAUUUAAAAAGAAGAUGUAAUUGUUCCGUUGAAACUAAAAUAAAAGAUGGUUUCAUUUCAUCUUGUACUGGUUGUAUUUAA